AAGGUGGAGUUAACAGAGUGGUGAUUCAAAGGUUGCGCUACGGUCACCAACUGGUGGGUAUGUUCUACUAUACGAUAUUAUGCCGUUUACAUUUCAUCUGUGUGAUUCAUUACGCACGCUUCAAAAGUCGUGCACACCUCAAAAACAGCACGUUUUCUCAUGUCUUUGCGAUACCUUAUUUUCAUCUGAAGGUUGAAUGUAUCGUAAAGAAGUGUAUUAACCAUAAUUAAGCAGUAAAACUCAAAUCUGUGUUCCAUGAACUACAAUAACACUUUAACAGUCUUUUCUCUUGUUCAUCAGCUCCCCCCAAAUUUAGAGACUGUCUAAAUUCACUUCGAGUCGAAUACGACUAGUCGUAUUGUAAGCUUACAAUUGUCAACAAUAGAUCUGUUGUUUUAAAAUCUGGUGGUUCUUUCCCAAACUAUCGAAGUACAUUGCAAAUGCUGAAGACUGGAUUAAGUCAACUAAACUAUGCUGUAUCUUCUCGUCUUGUUAAAAGUCGAAAACUAAGCAAAUUUACUCGACUUCCUUUAACAUGGUCUAGUUCAGAAGUUAUAUACAGAGAAAAUCAAGUUCCAAGAAAUACAGAGAUCUUAAUUGUCGGUGGCGGGAUUAUUGGAUGGGCGACAGCUUUUUGGAUUCGUCAAAGCUCAAAACAUUCUGUUACUGUUGUUGAAAAAGAUUCUACGCUCGCUAACUCAGCUACUCUCCUUGGCUUAGGCUCUAUACGACAACAAUUCUCAGAACCAGAGAAUAUACAAAUGUCGCUGUUUUCAAGUCAUUUCCUGAGAAAUUUCAAAGAACACUUAGCAGUUGAAGAUCAUUCAUAUAAUAUAGAUAUUGAUUUCAAUCCACAAGGUUGUUUAAUGUUAGCAGAUGCUAAAAAUGCUGAUUCAAUGAAAGAGAACCACUUAUUACAAUUAGAUUUAGGAGCAAAAGUUGAACUGUUAAGCAAACAAGACAUCUCUACACGUUGGCCUUGGAUAAACACAGAAGAUAUUGAAAUAGGCUGUUAUGGUUAUGAAAAUGAAGGAUGGUUUGAUCCAUCUAAACUGCUUAAAGCAUUGAAAAUAAAAUGUCAUUUUAUGGGAGUAAAUUAUGUGGUCGGUGAAGUUAUCGACUUUGAUGCAAGUCCAUAUACACUGAAAUAUCGUUUCCCUGAUAGACCAUUAAGACCUUCAGUAAUGAGUAGACGUUUAAGUUCUGCUACAAUUUCUCUUCCUGACGGAACAAGAGCAUAUAUUGGUUUUCAUUCAGUUGUUAAUGCAGCAGGUCCAUGGGCAGGGCGUGUUGCUGAAUUAGCUGAAAUUGGCAGUGAACACCUUCCAAUACGAUUACCAGUUGAACCAAGAUAUCGUCAUGUAUUUGUAGUACGACCUAAAAGUGUAUUUAAUCCUGAAGAGAAGAUCUAUCCCCUACCAGGUUUAGAUACACCAUUUAUAAUAGAUCAGAAUCGUUUAUUUAUUGAACGUCGUGAUCUUUCCGGUGAAUUUAUUGUCUAUUCUGAUCAUCCUAAAUUUGAUCCAAUUAUUGAAAAACAACAGAAUGAUUUAAGUUGUAAUUCAUCAGCGAAUAAAGAAUUUUUCCAUGAACAUAUUAAACCGUUACUAUGUAAACGAAUACCAGGAUUUAAAGAUGUUGAGGUCACUUCAAGUUGGACAGCUGUCUGCGAUUAUAAUACAUGGGAUCAAAAUUUAAUUCUAAGCUUUCAUCCAUUUCAUAUUAAUAUGUAUUUAUGCAAUGGUUCGAGUGGUCAUGGAACACAACAUGCCAUAGCGAUUGGUAAAGCAACCACUGAAUUAAUCUUAUUUAGUCGAUUUAAAACAUUAGAUUUAGUACGCUUUUCAUUCGAUCGUUUCUAUUUCAAUGAAGCUGUUAAAGAAAGUAAUUGUUUCUAAAAAAAAUGGAAAGGAAAGAAAACCAAGAAUAACUUUAGUCUUCUUAUUCUAUUUAUUGUAAAUAUUGUGAAAAAUAAUAAUAAAGUUUUCAAAAAC